AUGCUCACGCGGGUGAAGUCCGCCGUGGCCAAUUUCAUGGGCGGCAUCAUGGCUGGCAGCGCGGGCGCCGACCACGGCAGCGGCGCGGACUUGCCCCUCCGCUUCCCCUACGGAAGACCCGAGUUCCUGGGACUGUCCCCGGACGAGGUGGAGUGCUCCGCCGACCACAUCGCCCGCCCCAUCCUCAUCCUCAACAAGGACACCCGGCGCCUGCCCUGGACCACGGGCUACGCGGAGGUCAUAAAUGCAGGGAAGAGCACGCACAAUGAAGAUCAAGCCAGCUGUGAAGUCCUCUUUGUCAAGAAGAAAGCUGGAGGCAGUAAUUCUACACCGAACAAGAACUCUUCAACAAAACGGAGGUCAUCACUGCCCAAUGGAGAAGGUCUCCAGCUGAAAGACAAUACAGACUCAGAUGGGAUCAAUCUGUACUACUGGUCUCUGUUUGAUGGACACGCUGGGUCAGGGGCAGCUGUGGUUGCUUCCAAACUCCUACAGCACCAUAUCCUGGAGCAGCUGCAAGAGAUUGUAGACAUCCUGAGGAACACAGCUGUCCUCCCACCGACCUGCCUGGGAGAGGAGCCUGACAACUCGUCCACCAACAGCAGGACACUGACACGGGCAGCCUCCCUGCGUGGUGGUGUGGGGGCCCCAGGCUCACCCAGCACCCCUCCAACACGCUUCUUCACUGAGAAGAAGAUCCCACACGAGUGCCUGGUUAUUGGGGCCAUAGAAAGUGCAUUCAAGGAAAUGGAUUUGCAAAUAGAACGAGAGAGGACCGUGUAUAAUAUUUCUGGUGGCUGCACAGCCCUUGUGGUGGUGUAUUUAUUGGGAAAGCUGUAUGUGGCAAACGCUGGUGAUAGCAGGGCUAUAAUAAUCCGAAAUGGUGAAGUCAUUCCAAUGUCUUCAGAAUUCACUCCAGAGACUGAGCGCCAGCGACUUCAGUAUCUGGCUUACAUGCAACCCCACUUGCUGGGAAAUGAAUUCACACAUUUAGAGUUUCCACGGAGGGUGCAGCGCAAGGAAGUUGGGAAGAGAAUGCUCUAUCGUGACUUCAACAUGACUGGCUGGGCAUACAAAACCAUUGAGGAAGAUGACUUGAAGUUUCCCCUUAUAUAUGGAGAAGGCAAGAAGGCUCGGGUUAUGGCAACAAUUGGAGUGACACGAGGACUGGGAGACCAUGACCUGAAAGUACACGACUCCAAUAUAUACAUCAAACCUUUCCUGUCCUCUUCUCCUGAGGUGAGAGUCUAUGACCUCCUGCAGUACGAGCACGGGCCAGAUGAUGUUCUGAUCCUAGCUACUGAUGGACUCUGGGAUGUGCUGUUAAAUGAAGAAGUGGCAGAAGCUGUCACUAACUUUCUACCAAACUGUGACCCCGAUGAUCCCCACAGGUACACGCUGGCGGCACAGGACCUGGUGAUGCGAGCCAGGGGAGUGCUGAAGGACCGGGGCUGGCGGAUAUCCAAUGACAGGCUGGGAUCUGGAGACGACAUCUCUGUCUACGUCAUCCCUUUAAUACAUGGGAACAAACAGUCAUGAAAGUAGCAUCAAGAGUGGUUAUAGGAUGGGGAUCCUUUUGGGAAGGGCCUGUAAGAGACGUUAUGGUUUUGGUGGUCUGACCAGGACACUUACAACUGAUGUAACGCUGGAGGGGUAUUUUUCUGCCCGAAAGGUAGGGCUCUGCACAUAUACUGUAUAUGAUUAAAGGUAACCCUUAAGAUUCCAAUUUCCCUAUAGAAAUGGUUUUGGUGCUUAACAGGAAUGGGAUUUAAAUGCUGCUAGCAUUUUAUUGAUUCUGUCAUCCCUCCAGGUGGGGUGGGGAAUUAAUUUUUUUCUCAGUUUACCAUGUAGCUUGGAAGAGCCAUUUCAGUUGUGAAAGUAGAAGUGGGUAUCAGAAGCCACAGAGGCUCCUGAAAUCUACCCCCAAAUAUUCAGAAGGUGACUUGGGUCACAUCUCAUUAAAAAAAAAUAUAUAUAUACAUACAUAUAUAAGACUCAAGAGUUUUCUUCUUU